UGGCAGCGCCCGGUCCUUGCCACGCCGACUUCCGCCUUGCCGGGAGCCCCGCGGCCGGUGGUUGCGCUCGUCGGAGGUGAGGUUGUGACACUCGGCGCAGAGCCUCAACGCAGGAACCAUGUCGGAAGGAAACGCCGCGGGCGAGCCCAGCAAUCCUGGAGGGCCGCGACCCCUUCUCUCUGGGGGCCGGGGGCUGAUCGGCCGGCGGCCCGCACCCCCGCUGACGCCGGGUCGCCUUCCCUCCAUCCGCUCCCGGGACCUCACCCUUGGCGGAGUCAAGAAGGUACCUGCGAGCGCGCAGACCCUUUUGUCUGUCCUCAUUCCCAGGCCAAAAGAAGAAGUAACUAUGAAGAAAGAAAAGCGUGAACGGGACAGGGACCGCCAGCGUGAGGGUCACGGACGGGGGCGUGGCCGCCCGGAAGUGAUCCAGUCCCAUUCUAUCUUCGAGCAGGGUCCGGCAGAAAUGAUGAAAAAAAAAGGGAGCUGGGAUAAGACUGUGGAUAUGUCCGACAUGGGACCCUCUCAUAUCAUCAACAUCAAAAAAGAGAAGAGGGAAACAGAUGAAGAGACCAAGCAGAUCCUGCGCAUGCUGGAGAAGGAUGACUUCAUCGAUGACCCGGGGCUAAAGAAUGACACACGGAACAUGCCAGUGCAGCUGCCACUGGCUCAUUCGGGGUGGCUUUUUAAGGAGGAGAGUGAAGAGCCAGAGGCUAAGCCUUUUUCGGCUGGCCCCAAGGAAGAAGACAUGGAGGUGGACGUGCCUGCCGUAAAAGUGAAAGAGGAGCCACGGGAUGAGGAAGAGGAGGCCAAGGUGAAAGCCCCUCCAAGAGCAUCCCGGAAGACCCCUGGCCUCCCAAAGGACGUGUCGGUGGCAGAGCUGCUCAGGGAGUUGAGCCUCNUGAAGGAUGAGGAGCUGCUGUUCCUGCAGCUGCCUGACACCCUCCCCGGGCAGCCGCCCACUCAGGACAUCAAGCCUGUCAAGACAGAGGUGCAGGGCGAGGAUGGACAGAUGGUAGUCAUAAAGCAGGAAAGAGACCGGGAAGCCAGGCUAGCAGAGAAUGUUUGUACCUUGGCUGACCUGACAGAGGGUCAAGUGGGCAAACUGCUCAUCCGUAAAUCAGGGAAGGUGCAGCUCCUUCUGGGCAAGGUGACUCUGGAUGUGACCAUGGGAACAACCUGUUCUUUCCUGCAGGAACUGGUGUCUGUGGGCCUUGGAGACAGCAGGACAGGAGAGAUGACAGUCCUGGGACAUGUGAAGCACAAACUUGUAUGUUCUCCUGAUUUUGAAUCUCUCUUGGAUCACAAACACCGGUGAAAUGGACAGAUGGAGGAGGACGGUGACUGUGCCCAUGACCACACAUGUUCUCAAAUACAUGCAGCCCAGAAGGGGCCUCUUUAGCCCACCUGUUGCAGCCUUUGACGGCUGUAGUCCCAGUUCCCCCCUCCCCCCCACUAGGGCCGUGCUGCCCCUCACUCCAGCUGUGAAUGGGACCUCACACAGCAUGGGCGUGGAAGGCGCAUCCUCACCUCUGGGAACAUGACCCUACUAUUUAUUUUUUAUUUAUGUCUUAAUCCUCAACUGAUUGCAUUAUCCCAGAGUAGCAUGGGGCAGGCUUCUUUUUGGGGAGCCAUGGGCUACAGGGAUAGGAAAGGAAGGGGCUCAGGCAGGUAAGAAAGAACAGGGAUGGGAUGAAACUCGAGACUUAAAACUCAGUCCCAGCUUCCUGGUUUCUAGCUCUGUGUCCUUAAACUACCUAACCUUUCUGAGCCUCAUAUUCCUCACCCGACAAACAUGAGGCUAAUACCUACCUCACAGGGUUGGUGUGAGCAGCACAUGGAAUGUUGUAGAUGGGAACUCCUUGCACAAGACUGGAUAUACAUUAUAUAAGGGGUGUGUGUGUGUAUAUAUGUAUACACAUACAUACAUAUAUAUGUAUAUAUACACAUGUACAUAACCAUAGGCGCUCAAUAAAUGUUAGUUUUCCUUUCCUUUGGGUCUAUUUCCAAAUAAAUGAUCUUUAUACUCGAAAGAAGUAAGUGGUUCUGC